CAGGGCGGGGUGAGGGCUCGGUAACGCCAACAGGGGAUGUACUUGCGCGCGCACCCGCGACCUCUGACCCUGUGGUCUCACUCCAGACCCCGACCUGACCUGACUACAUCUUUUUUUAACCUCGAGCUCUGGCCAGUCUUGGCCCCAGGACCUCCGAUCUCACCCCCAACCUAACCAUAUUCUGGCCUGGUGUGAUCCUCAAUCCCUGUUUUGUUCCCUUAAACCCAGCCCUGACCCCAAACCCCACCCAGUUCUGUUCUCGGGAUCCUUGGCCUGCCCCUGCUUCAUCUCUGAAGCUCAUCUUGCCUUGUCCUGAUCAUUCCAGUUUCUGGCCUGAUGCUUGACCUGUCUGUUCCCUAAACUCUUGUCCAGCCCCUGAUCCCCUUCCAGUCAUGUCCUGUCCCCCUAACCGCAAUCUGAUCCAGGUCUGUCUGGAUUCCUGAUCUCUGAUUUCUAAACUUUCUCCCCACCCUGUGCUAUCCUCCUGGUCCCCUCCUGACUCCCCAUCUCCCUCCUGGCCCACCCCCUUUAGACAGUCUCUCUGUUUCCUGCCCUGUCCCUGCCCCCCCUGUGCUGUUUUCCCCUCUCUUCUCUUGUCCUAUCACUGUCCUCAUUCCUCUCCUUAUUCUGUCCCAGUCUUUUCCUGUUCCUUACCUCCAUUCUGAACCGGCCUUUUCCCCUCUCCCCUUCCUUGACCACCAUCUUGGCCUGUCCCCCAUCAUGUCUUCUGACUACCAUUCUAUACUGACCCUCCCCUGCUCUUUUGUUCCUUGCUGCCCCCUACGUUUUCCUCUGACCCUUGUCCACAACCUCACUCUAUCCCAUCCCCUGGCCAGUGUCUUGGCUCCUUCUCUGUCCUGCCUCCUGACCUCCAUCCUAUGAUGACUCUGAUUCUGUCUUGACCCCUACACUCCUUCCUGUUCUCUUCCUUCAUCCCCUCCCAACUCCAGGCCCUUGUUCUACCCCUCACCACGCCCCUCCACCCUAUUCAGAUCUCCCUCUUCCUAACACCCACUUUCCAUCUCCUCUCAGCCCAGAAGAACUAGGGUCCUGUUAUACCCUGCCCCUGAACUUAGAGGUUCUCCUAUUUCCAUGAUUGCAAGUUCAUCCCAAAUGCUUCUCUUAGUAUGAGCAAGAGCAAACAGCCUUGGCCCUGUGUGGCUAAGGGGGUUUUCAUAUGUGAUGCCCUUCACCCUCACCCAGUGAUCUCACACACAGCUUGCAUUUGUCUCCCUGCCCCAGGAGGGCAUGUAACUGUUCCUAUGUCCCCCCACCCUACCCAAGUGUGAAAGAACAUCCUAAAUUAUUCAGUGACUCUCUGGGAGUCUGUGAGGUCUGGAUCAUGUUUCCAGCCUGGCUAGGUUGGGGGCUGCCCUAUGUCAAGGUGGGGGGUGUGGUGAGCAAACAUGCAGGGGUGGGAGACUCAGGAGUAUGUGUGACUCUUCCGUGUCAUGUUAACCCCCAUCUGCUAGUCCUGAUCCUGGGUGUGCAUGAUCUCUGCUUUCCUGGCCUGAAAAAAUCCAUUCCAGGCCAGAGGCUUCAGGGCUUGAUGGGGGUGGGAUGGGGGUUAGAGGGGUUCUAUCCCCCUUUCUCUGCUGUAAGCAAUACAAAUUUCGGUGCUAAGUCCAUCCCAUCUGUGUGUGUGUGUGUGUGUGUGUGUGUUGGGGGCAUGUGUGUCGCUGGGUGUUAGAAUUAGUCCUAUCCUGUAUUGACAAUAACAGCUAGAGCAAUACAAGUUUCUUUCACUGAAUCUCCUUGAUUCUGAGGACAGGCAGGGAGAAUUUGGAUAGCAAGAAGGUAACGUGUUAUUCAAUUGUGUUUUGUUCCUGCAUUUGUCAUAGAGAGUUGUAACAGCUUGAAUAAUGAGAUACUAGACCCCUCUCAUUUAUCUGAAACACUUAUCCAAACCUAUUUUUUGAGCCCAAUGUGAGGCUUGAACUCAUGACCCUGAGAUCAAAACCUGAGCUGAGAUCAAGAGUCAAACGCUUAACCAACUAAGCCACCCAGGCACCCCUGUCCAAACCUACUAAUAACAACACAAGCGUUCAUUGUUCCAGCGUCUGUCUAGCACCUGACUUCUGAGAGGGAGCACUCGGAUAAUCCAGACAGUGAAAGGUACCAAGUUAUCUGAAGAGGUUUUUUUGUUUGUUUGUUUUUGCAUUUUACAUAGUGGGGAGGGUUCAGAUGAUGAGGGAUAAUGGCUCCAACUAAAAGAUAUAUUCAAAUUGAUUCAUUUCCUUGAACUCUAGUGGCAGGAGUUGGAACAGUAAGAGAGGACUGUGUUGUGUGAAUAUAUUUGGUUCCUGCAUUUUGCCUGGUGAGUAAGGGAAGCUCAGAGAGUACGGGACGCCAAUUCUAUCUCAAAGGUGUAUCCAGAUCCAUUCAGUUCCUGUAUGUGGAUAGUGAGCUUUUGGAGAAUGUGUCUGAAUAGGUUUGGUUCCUGCAUUUUUGAUGUUGGGUAGCUAGAGGUCUGAUAAUGAUGGAGAACAGCUCUGUUUCAAAUAUGUCUGGUUUGAUAUUUAGGGAGGGUUCAAUGUCUGGGUGAUAAGUGGGGAGGCUGUGGAGGCUGAGGUAUUACCAGCUCUGUCUCAGCAGUGCAUCUGCAUACAUUUAGUUUCUGAUUUUGGAUAGUGAAGAGUUUGGACAUGUUUAUUUGAGGGAAAACAGCUCUGUUUGAAAUUUAUCGGGUGGAGCUGGGGGUACCAGCUCUGUCUCAAACACACACACACACACACACACACACACACGAUUCCCGAGUUUGGAUUGGGAGGAAUGUUGUAAUUACGACGGCCAAUAUAUAUUGAGCACUUACUUACCAAGGGCCAGUUACUGUCCUAAACAGUCUUUAAGUGUCUUAAUUCAUGUCACGCUCACAACAGCCCUGUGAAGUGCAUAUUGUUGUCUUCACCCCUGUUUUAUAGAUGAAGACAUUGAGGCACAGAGAGGAUAAGUGACUUGUCUGGGCAGCCACAUAGCCAUAAGUGGUAGAGCAGGGUUGAAUCCCAGAGCCAUGGUUUCCUACCCCUACAGGAGGCCACAUGGGGCUCAAGUCCUGGCUGUGGUGGGACCUGGAGGUUGGCCAUCUUGCAGGACGACGAUGUGUGUGGGUGAUUCUGCCCCACCUGUUGGCCUGGCCCAAGAGGCCCAAUUACCUGCUCUCCCCUCCUUACUCCUGCCCUAGCCCAUCUCCACACGGGUUUAUUAUUGUUGUUAUUAACAGACAUUAAUGACGUGGUGUGAGUUUCCUUGUACUUUGAAACGCCUUCCAAAGUGAUUCUGGUCUCUGUUGGCCCUGGAAAUGCUGUUUACCCAUUUUACAGAUGAGGAAAGCUAAACCUUGGUGCUCAGUCUGCAUUGCCAGCCAGAUACCCUUGGCCCUCUCAGCUCUGGUUUCAUAAGUGUCCCUCUUCCCAGCGUUCUUGCUGUCCCCCAAGAGGCGGGAGAGAGGCCGUGGCUGAGGGGACACUCCCCAUGGACACUCAGCCACCCACCUCAUGGCUGCUGCCUCCACCAGCCCUAGGCAGUGGAGGCGAGGGAAGGGGGCGGAUGAAAGGAACCUUUGUGUCCCGUGCCAGAAAUCUCACUCCCAGGAAGAAAGGUGGGCAGGGUGGCAGGAGGCCUCGCAUUGCGUGUCUGCAUACACGGUGUAGGGCAUUGCUGGUACAGUGCUCCCCUCCAGGCUUGGCCCCCCUACCAAGUGGGGAGGGAGCUUUCCUCACUCUGCUCUUUCACAUCACAGCAUGGGCUGCUGCAGGGGCCCGGGUUGGGCUUGGGCCCUGAGGUCACAGAGCAGAUGGUCCCAAAUGGAGCACAGGAUGUGUGGAGUAGCCCCUGUCCACCUCCAGCCCAGGACCCGGCCCCCCAAGUUCUGAGUCCACCCGCUCUUAUGCAUCUGUGAUCAGAAUCAGGCCUCCUCACCUCUCCGAGCCCCAGCUUCUGCAUCUACGAAUUGGCUAUGAAGAGCUGGGUCUGCGUCAUCCUCCCAGGGCCUGAUUGAGACAACUAUCUUUUUUUUGAGGUACCUGAGGCCACCCCACAGCACCUCUCCGGCGUUGGCAGGACUCCUGACUGCGGCCCAUGGGCCUCUGAGGAGGCGUCGUAAGUCCACCUAGCUCCCCACGUGCUGUGCGUCCAUUCAAUGGGAAGGGGACCAAGGUACCAGGGCCCAGUGGGGCCAGACACGGAUACGGAUUCUGAGAGGGCCUUGUCCAGCCAUCAGCCACGGCCUCUCGACAGCACCAGGAUGGAAGUCAAAGGUCAGCUGAUCAGCUCACCCACCUUCAAUGCCUCAGCUGCCCUGUUUGGAGAGGCUGCCCCCCAGGUGAAGUCAGAGCGUUUGCGGGGGCUGCUUGACCGGCAGCGGGCCCUGCAGGAGGCCCUGAGCCUGAAACUUCAGGAGCUCCGCAAAGUGUGUCUGCAGGAGGCGGAGCUGACCGGCCAGCUGCCCCCCGAGUGCCCGUUGGAACCUGGGGAGCGGCCCCAGCUGGUCCGCCGGCGGCCCCCUGCAGCCCGCGCCUACCCUGCAUCGCACCCCAACCCAGCACACCACUCCUUGUGCCCUGCUGAGGAGCUGGCUCUCGAGGCCCUGGAGCGGGAGGUGUCCGUGCAGCAGCAGAUCGCAGCCGCUGCCCGCCGCCUGGCCUUGGCCCCUGAGCUGAGCAUUGAGCAGCGCCGCCGCCGGCGCCAGGUGCAGGCAGAUGCGCUGCGGAGGCUGCAUGAGCUGGAAGAACAGCUGGGGGACCUCCGGGCCCGCCUUGGCCUCCCGGGGCUCCCCCUUCCGCAGCCCCUAGCCCUGGCCCCGGCCCCGGGGGCGCUCAUCACCACCCAGGGAGUAUGCCUGGGCACACGCCUCGCCCAGCUCAGCCAAGAGGAUGGAAUCCUGCACUCGGAGAGCAGCUCCCUCUCGGAGUCUGGGGCCAGCCAUGAUAAUGAGGAGCCCCGUGGCUGCUUCCCCCUGGCCGAGCGCCCCUCACCACCCAAGGCCUGGGACCAGCUGCGGGCCGUAUCUGGGGGCAGCCCUGAGCGGCGAACCCCAUGGAAGCCACCCCCGUCAGAUCUUUAUGGGGAUCUGAAGAGCCGGCGGAACUCUGUGGCCAGCCCCACCAGCCCCACACGCUCGCUGCCCAGGAGUGCCUCCAGUUUUGAGGGGCGAAGCGUGCCUGCUACCCCUGUCCUCACCCGGGGCGCUGGCCCCCAGCUCUGCAAACCCGAAGGCCUCCAUUCUCGCCAGUGGUCCGGCAGCCAGGACUCCCAGAUGGGCUUCCCCCGGGCAGACCCUGCCUCCGACCGUGCCUCCCUCUUCGCAGCCCGCACCCGUCGAAGCAACAGCUCUGAGGCCCUGCUUGUGGACCGGGCAGCCGGUGGGGGAGCUGGCUCCCCGCCUGCGCCCCUGGCUCCCCCUGCCGCUGGCCCCCCGGUCUGCAAGAGCAGCGAGGUGCUGUAUGAGCGCCCACAACCAACCCCUGCCUUCUCCUCCCGCACAGCUGGCCCCCCAGACCCUCCCCGGGCUGCCCGGCCCAGCUCAGCUGCCCCUGCCUCGCGUGGGGUUCCCCGGCUCCCACCUGUGUGCGGGGACUUCCUCUUGGACUAUUCCCUGGACCGGGGCCUGCCCCGCAGUGCUGGUGGUGGGGCAGGCUGGGGGGAGCUGCUGCCUGCAGCUGAGGUCCAAGGACCCCUCUCCCGCCGGGAUGGGCUCCUCGCCGUGCUCCCGGGCCCACCACCUGUGUACACAGCUGACGGCAGCAGCCCCCUCCUCCGCAGCAAGGACCCCCACUCCCGUGCCACCCGCACCAAGCCCUGUGGCCUAUCCCUGGAGGCCGCCGAGGGGCCCGAGGUGCAUCCAAGCCCUCUGCUGUGGAUGCCCCCCCCCACCCGUGUCCCCCCGGCCGGUGAGCGCAGCGGCCAUAAGAACCUCGCCCUGGAGGGGCUGCGGGACUGGUACAUCCGCAACUCGGGACUGGCUGCCGGGCCCCCGCGCCGGCCUGUGCUGCCCCACGUGGGCCCGCAGCACCCGCCCUUCCUCCAUGCCCGCUGCUAUGAGGUGGGCCAGGCGCUGUAUGGGGCCCCCAGCCAGGCGCCGCUCCCGCACUCGAGGAGUUUCACGGCACCCCCUGUCUCCGGCAGAUACUACGCGGACUUCCUGUACCCCUCGGAGCUGAGCUCUCGUUUAAGUGACCUGACGCUAGAGGGGGAGCAGUCCUCCAGCUCUGACCCCCAGACCCCGGGGACACUGGUCUGACCCCUUGUUGUCCCAGGCAUGACUUUAGUCUGGGGAACACACGGCUGACCUCGCUGAACCCCGGGGUGUGAUUGCUCAGUCCUGGGGGGGUGCCGACCUGAUCUUCCAAGGCCCCUGGCUCCUUGUGGACCCAUGAAGGUGUCUGACUCCCUGCUUCCCCUCUUAUGCUGUGCUGGGAACUGGGGCCCUCAGCCAGCUGAAAAAAGAGGGGAUGGUGUAAUGGGGGCUCCAGGCCCCUUCCUCUGUUUCUGUUUACACUUGUGAUUUAGGUAUUCACUGUCUUCCCCCAACACUAGACCUUUUAUAAAAGGGAAACUGUGAUCUCGUCCUGGUUGGGUUCAUUCCUAUCCCCAUGCCCAGCCUGUUCCAUUUAGGAACCUCUCCCCGCCACCAAAACCCGGACAAUAUAGGGUCUCAGGGCCCUGUUUGGGGCAGCCAGGAGACUGGUGUGAACAGAACUCCCUGCCAUCCCCCCCACCAGGGCAGUUCUUGGGGAGGUGGGCUCUCUGCCCACAUUCAGAAGGACUGAAGUCUGACUAGGGGGUUUGGGUUCAUUUUCCUACUCCCAGGUGUGCCCAAGGGAGCCCCAGUCCUUAUCUGCCUGUCUGUGCCCGCUGCCUCUGCCCACAGGCUGAGAUGGCCCAGCCUCUGCCCUAUCUAUCCUGGUCAGGAAGCCAGCCCUGCAAGAGGGCCAAAGGGCAGAGCCGCCGGGUGUGUUGUGUCCUGGGAUGCUGCGGUGGUGGAGCCUGGCAUCGGCUCGAUGCCAGGAAAAUCCUCAGGUGACGUCUGGCCACAGGCUGCGUCACGUCUUCCUUGGCUUUCUUUCCAUCCACCACUUUUUAAACAAAUCUACACAAGCUGUGUUUUCUAUGAUACCUAUCCGUGACUUUCUGGAGCUAGGGGUCCCCUGACCUCCUUUACCUGGUGUUAAACUUUUCUUUUUCUACCAAUGGAUCUGGGCCCAAGACACUACCCACACUGGAAGGGGAUUUCUAUAAUAAAUGUGUAAACC